GCAUGUCAAGUUAGAUAUUUUUAGUAGUGGCUAAUAGAGCAAUGGGUUGAACAAACUCUCCAAAAGGCAACAGGACAAGACACACAAAGGCUUGUAAAGACACAGUUUAGAUGAACAGAUCGCAUGGCUCUUAUGAUGAAAACUACAUGGAAAGCUGUGCUUUUGGUGGUGAUUGCAGUCAUACUAGGCGUCUCUCAUCAAGAGAGCACAGAGUUGACUGAGCAGGGCACCAAAGAACCCUGUGCCCGCUGGAUGAGGGGUGUUAAUGGCACCCCUGGGUUUAACGGGGUGCAUGGGCGAGACGGGCAUGAUGGUCGUGAUGGGGAGAAGGGAGAUAUUGGAGAUCCAGGCUCCAAUGGGCCAAAUGGAGAGCCUGGUGAGCCAGGUGAUGAGGGACCUGGAGGAAAAAGAGGGUUUCCAGGAAACCCGGGUCAAAAAGGAGAGAUUGGAGAGAGUUUAUUCCCCUACCACUCAGCAUUUAGUAUGGGACUCACCCAUCAAAUCACCUCCGCCAGUGGAGCUCCCAUUCGCUUUACCGAGACCUACUACAAUGAGCAACACCACUAUAAUGAGAUCUCUGGAAAAUUUCGCUCCACCGUCCCUGGGAUCUACUAUUUCACUUAUCACCUUACCGUAUACGGGAAGGAGGCCAAGGUAGCCUUGUUCCAAAAUGGCAGGAUUGUGGCUUUUACGCUGGACCAGUAUCACAGUGGAAAUCUGGAUCAGGCCUCAGGAGCGGCGAUUUUAAACCUAGCGGCUGGAGAUGAGAUUUGGCUACAGCUGUAUGGUGAAGAUACGCUUGAUGCGGGGAUUUACGCUGAUAACAAUUACAGCUCUACCUUCAGCGGUUUCCUAUUGACUCCUAAAAUCCUAAGCAGCCCAUAUGACAACCGUAGGCGCUAAAAUGGUCCGUGAAAUGAAGGAGAACGGGGCUAGUUGUUUAUCACUAGUCAAAAGCUUGACUUUACAGAUAUUGGGUUUUUGUUGCAGUGUUUCUUUCCGCUAUUCUGUCAUCAUUUAUUCACCCUCAAGUUGUUCCAAAUUUUUUUUCUUCUGCUGAACACAAAAGAAGAUAUUUUGAGCAAUGUUUGUAACCAAACUGUUUGAGCACCACUGAUGUGUUUUUCUUUCUUACUAUGGAAGUCAAUGGUGCUCCUGUUUCGUGCUUGAUUGCAAAUAUCUUCCUUUGGGUUCAGCAAAACAAAUAAACCAUACAGGUUUGGAACAACUUAAGGGUGAGUAAUAGCAGAAUUUGAAUUUUUAGGGGAUCACUUUAAGUCUGACGCCAUACUCAACCGCUUUCGGGUCCAAACACUCAAUAAGAUGCCUAAAGCAAAUAAAAACUAUCCACCUGUUUUUUUAUGUGGGCGCCGCCAUCUUUGAGCUUUCUUGUUUAUGACUUCCGGUGAGCCACUAAAGCUAAUGGUAGUCUAUUGCGAAUGACACAAGUGUGCCGUUUUGACUGGCUGUUUAAUGUUUAUUAUGAAAUUCAGGAAGACCGACAUAAUUUGUGCAGUUGGGGUUGCCAUAAUAGCUAAUACAAAUGCAGUAAAUCUCUACAAAACAUUUGUUUUAACCAUAAUCCAUGCACAAAAACUGAAUGUGUAUGUGGCGCACGUGCACUCAUGAUCUGUAUUUACAAAUCCAUCCAGUAAAACCUUUAACAGAAACUGCCAGUAAAAAAUAAAUACAAUAGUUGAUUAAAACAACUAAUAUUAUGCUGAUAAAAAUAUGCU